AUGUCCGCUCAUACUUUGUCACAAGGUCUGGCGGUCUUUGAACAUGCAUCAAUUUCAAUGCAAGAAUUGCUUCAACCUGUUCCGUUGAACAAAUGUGAAAGUGCGAAGAAGAGAGUACAAUUCUUGGCACAUAUCAUGGAUGAGUUUGCACUCUCAAAUCUCGAAGAUUCUCCCGUCAUUAGAACUCUGCAUGCUUCGGUCGAUGCCGCUUUUCAUAAAGCUGAAGAAGAUUACCGUACUGCAACACUCCAGUGUGACGAAGUGCUUCGAAGCAACGACAUCUUAAACAAGACCAUCACUUUCCUUGAGAAUCAGAAGUCUUUGUUUAGAAAAGCCUUUGAAGAUGUGCCCGUUUCACAGUAUGCCGUUGGUCAAUCUGCAGACCCUUCCGUUGUUGAUGUUCAAGAGUCUUCCAACGUUGAAAUCGAGGCUGUUGCUGAUUUGGCUGCUACCCAUCUGCCUGCUGCCGAUCUACCUCAUACCAACAUGACUACCACUCAUCUGCUUGCUAUCAAUCUAUCUUCUAUUGAUAUAGCUACUACUCAUCUGCCUAUUGCCAAUCUAUCCAUUAGUGAUAUGACUACUAUCGAUCUGCCUGCUGCUGAUCUAUUUAUUACCGAUAUAACUACUACAGAUCUACUUGCUGCCGAUCUACCCAUUACCAACAUGGCUGUUACCGAUUCACCUGCUGCUGAUAAACCAAACGCUUUUCUAUUAAAGAUGUUUGGUGAGCGCCGUCAUUCUAAUAAUCCUACCAUUGACCGUCUUGUCCCCACUCUUAUCAGAGCUAGCAAAUCAGGUGGCGCAAUUACCCACGGCGAUCCGCACAAACCAGUCGCUGCUGGCGAAGUCGAUCCAUCCACAUGGCUCGUCCCAGAGUCUACUGGCCCAUCCCCCUGGCCUGAUGUUUCAAUGCAAGUAAACCAAACCUUGACUUAUUCGCCACACAUAUUCUCUCCCAUUACCGUUAUGCGUCCAUUUGCUCCGCGACCAACAAUUCCUCCAAAGAUCCUCAAGAGCAAGGCUUACCACAAGGUGCUCAAGUUGCUCGAAAAUAUUGGUAUGGAGUUCCCCACUGAGUUUGACCAAAUGACCAGUGAACAAUUCACCAUGAUCAAGGACACUCUCAAUGCAGCAUACAAGGCAACAGCAACCGAUUGCAGUGAGGUAUGCCCUUCGGUCUUGUCGGGUGCGAUCUGUUACCACCAAAACUGUGAGUACAAAUACACCGAGGCCUGUCCCUUGGCACCAAAUUGCUCGAAUUUGGACUGUCCUCGUACACACUUACCUGCCCCUUGCCCAUGCGAUUGGAAUAAGGCUUCUCCUGAACAUCUAGCCACAGUCCCCCACGUGACAGUUCGUGAGUCACUCAAUGAAGCUCGUGUCAUUGCCUGGAAACUUCACUUAUUAGACCUUUGUGGUGUCUGA